AUGGCAGGAAGCUCUAGAAAGAAGCUCCUUUUGAUGGGCCGCAGUGGUUCAGGUAAAUCCUCAAUGAGGUCCAUUAUAUUCUCAAAUUACUCUGCAUUUGAUACGAGAAGACUGGGUGCUACAAUCGACGUUGAGCACUCCAAUCUGAGGUUCUUGAAUAACAUGACCUUGAACUUGUGGGAUUGCGGUGGACAAGACAUCUUUAUGGAGAACUUUCUGAACAAUUCUUCGAACGCGUCGUCUGCGAAUAACAUUUUCACCAAGUGCGAGGUGCUAAUUCAUGUCUUUGAUGUUGAAAGCAAAGAAGUUUCCAAAGACAUUGAGAUCUUUCAGAGGGUACUCAAGAACUUGCACCAGUUUUCGCCAGAGGUUAAAGUGUUCAUUCUUGUUCACAAAAUGGAUUUGAUUCAAGUGAAUAAGCGUCAGGAACUUUUUGACAUCAUGAUGUCGAAACUACAGGAGAUUGCCAAUGAAUACAGCUUCAAGCUGACAGGUUUCGCCACGAGUAUUUGGGAUGAGAGUCUGUAUAAGGCUUGGUCGUCUAUUGUUUGCAGUCUCAUUCCAAACAUCUCGCUAUACGAACAGCAUCUUUUGAAGUUCAACGAUGUUCUCAACGCCAAGGAGAUAAUUUUGUUUGAGAAGACUACGUUUCUCGUGAUAUCGUCUACAAACAGACUCAUAAGCAUGAACCGCGAGGAUCUGGAUCCAAAAAGAUUCGAGAAAAUUUCCAACAUCAUUAAAACCUACAAACAGAGCGUGAACAAGAUCAGAACCAAUUUUACAAACCUUCUGGUGAACGGUCUGAAUUCGUCGAUAUACCUGGAUGUGUUGACGAGUAACAUCUACAUCAUGAUCAUCAUGGACCACAGUAAAGACUUUGACCAGGACCUGGGCGUUCGGAUCGAUGACCAGAAUCUGAUUCUGGAGAAUGUGAAGGUGGCAAGAAAGCUGUUCGAGAGAAUUGAAGCUUCUGGGAGGUGA